AUGACGGCUAGCGCGAGCCAGCUGCCAGUGCGCAAGAGUGCCAUCGACAGCUCCUUCGCGUUCCCGGGCAUCUUCAGCUUUCCGCCCUUCUUCACUCUGCAGCCUCACGAAGCGACUCGAGAUGCCCAACUACUGCAAUGGAAGGAUCUCAUCAUCGCCUAUGCCCGGCACUUCAGACUGUUCGAGCUUGAGCUCAGCCUGACAGCAUCGCGCAAUGGAGAGCUUUGGACGAACCCAGCCUGUGCUACCGGUCAGCAGCGCCGGGUGACGCCCGAACUGCAACAAGCUAUCAUCAGCUAUCUCAUCUCCCAGGAUCUUGCAUCUUAUCCCGUCGAGGGCUCCUUGGUCCAGCCUGUCAAGAGUGCCAUAGCUCACGACAGACUACUGAUCUACACCCGCACUCCGGCCGAGUGGGCGACCGUCAUCUACGACUUCAUCACGCGAAACGGGCUCAACGGGAGCAUCAUGACUGCCUACGAGCUCGUCAAAGGUGGCGACCUUGCACAUACGACAGAGUUCUACGAGAUGCCGGUGCCGCUGUUGAGACUGGCCAUGACCGUCUUGGUCAAGCAAGGCAAGGCGCAGAUCUUCAAGGGCACGGACGACCCAGACGUCGCGCUCAUCUUCACACCCGGAUCUGCACGCCCAGCCACUGUUGUUGAUACCACUAUGCACCCGACGACUCCUAUCGGCGAUAUAGGGCUUCCAGGUCGUCAAGCCUCCUUCACCCUCGUGCUUGCCGUCGUGUUCGGUGCUGCGGCACUGAAUGCCUCCCCCGUCAUCACAUCGACUGACACUUUCAGUCUCAGUCCGAAAGAUGUCCUCGAUCUCAGCAGGAUUGGUCCCGAGGAGACCAGACAGGGCUUCAGUGACCACAUCAGCUUGGUCGAGAAGAUUACGGGCAAGAGCUACAGCUCGCUCAGCUACGAUCCCGGCUACUACGCCCAACAGUACGCCAACAAACCAGUCUCGUACGAUUGCCACUGUCUAGCAUCAGAAGAAGCCAUGUCGGUCAAGAAACCGGGCCACUUUGGCGUCGCGUUGACCCAUACCGGUCACAAGACGAUCACCAGCUGGACAGCCUAUGCCCACCUACACAGUGCCAAAGUUUACCUGAAUGCAGACGACUUUGUCAUCAUUCAGAUCACCGACAAGGAAGUUCCGCGCGAGAAGGGAUACGGCCAGUGUUGCACCUUUUACAAGAAGUACUGGUUCGUUGUGAGAACCUACUACCAUGCUUGGUCUCGUUACGAUGAAAUCGCGGAGCUCGACUGCUGGCCUGACACUGGCGCGGAGAACGUCGACUCGUGCAAUAGGGAUAUAAUGGACAAGCUCGACAAUCCGCAUCUCAGAAAUGGCUGCACCUGCCUACACUCGGUCUUUCUGGAGCAGGACAUUGCACCCCAACCGCUUCCCCCGGAUGUGCCACCGCCUGAUCCCUAUGACGAUGAGCCUUGGGGUCCUCAGUAG